UUGAAGGUACAAUAAUGGAUCCAUACAAUUUUACAAACAGUCCUCUCAGUUACAACUCAUCCGAGUAUGAAGAGGACUAUGAUGAUUAUGAUGAAGAUACAGAUCUCAGGAGAUCUCUGAACAUCAUGUCACUGAUAGUCUACAGUCUGGCUUUUGUACUUGGAGUUGUGGGGAAUGGCAUUGUCAUUUGGGUUACUGGAUUCAAAAUGAAAAGGACAGUAAACACAGUCUGGUUUCUGAACCUUGCUGUAGCAGACUUCCUCUUCACUGCCUUCCUCCCUCUCAGCGUGGUUUAUACAGCUAUGGGUUUCCACUGGCCUUUUGGUCAGUUCAUGUGCAAAUUCAACAGCACUCUCAGUUUCCUCAACAUGUUUGCCAGUGUGUACAUCCUGGUUGUGAUCAGCAUUGACCGCUGUGUGUCUGUGGUGCGUCCAAUCUGGGCACAAAACCAUCGGAAUGUGAGCCGAGCUUCUGUGGUGAGCUUUGGAGUUUGGUUAUUUGCCCUGGUGCUGAGCUCACCCUACUUUGUCUUCAAGGACACUGCUCCCGACCACAGUAACCCAAACAUCAUCAACUGCUUCAACAACUUUGCAUUCUCUGAUGACUAUGAUACACCAGAGGUGGUGGAGCUCCGUAUUCUACGGCAUCGUGCCAUGAUCAUUACCCGUUUCAUCAUAGGCUUUGUGAUGCCUUUUGUGAUCAUCGUCUCCUGCUAUGCAGUCAUCAUCCAUCGUCUCCAAAGAAACCGUUCUAUGUCUGGCAGAACUGGACGUCCCUUCAAAAUCAUUGCUACAGUGAUCACCGCCUUCUUUCUGUGUUGGGCUCCUUACCAUAUCCUGGUGCUCAUUGAGAUGGUAAACCACAUGGGAACAAAAUACAGCCCCACCCUGCAAUAUGUCACCACUGUUGGAAUUCCCAUUGCGACCAGUUUGGCUUUCUUAAACAGCUGCCUGAACCCACUGUUGUAUGUUUUCAUGGGACAAGACUUUAAAGACAAGGUGCGCAAGUCAAUCCUAAAAGUUUUGGAAACCGCUUUCACAGAGGAAGUUUCACGCACAAAUACCUGCACAAAUUCAAUGCCCACCAUUCGUUACAAAGAGAACGGGAGCAAGUCCUUCUCUGAUGCAGAAGUAUAAUUGCAUAGCAUAAAUGAAGCACUUUUCUGAAGGAGGACUUUACAGAGUGUCUCAUGUGAUAAUGCCAUACUAAAUAAAAAUGAAACACAGUAACCUGAAGAACUGGAUCAAACGAAAUUUAAAUGGUUUGAAGCUUUACACUAAAACACUGCCUUGCUCUUAUGGGAAUAUGCUUAUAUGAUGCAGAAUUAUUAUAUACAUUUUUGUGUGUGUGUGUGUGUGUGUCUGUGUGUGUGUGUGUGUGUGUGUGUACUUGUUAAUGCUAUAUUGUGAGGACCAAGAGACAUUGUGGGGACUGGCCUGUGGUCCUCAUGAGGGGAAAAAAUAAAAAAAAUAGUAAAUGAUGUUUAUCUGAAAGUGUAACAAUGCAAACUGGUUUUCUGUAGGGGUUAGGUUUGGGAUAGGGGAUAGUAAAUAUUGUUUGGUUGGUAUAAAAAGAAUAGAAGUCUAUGGAAUGUCCCCACAAUACACAGAAAUUGUUUGUGUGUAAGAGAGAGGGAGAUUUAAUUAUAUACCCAUAAAGUAUUUGAAAAAUAAAACUUGGUUUUGUAGGCCAUGUAUGAGCAAAUUAGAAUGAAGUUUUUACAUGUAUUGUGCAUGUGAUGCAAGAAUGGCUUUUUGUUGUUUCUUUACUGUAUAACUAUUGUCUGCACAUAAUUUUUAUGAAGUAUCUUUUAUUUCAUAUAAAAUAGUAUUAAGUUUGUUGAUGCAUAUAAAGAAUUAAGCAAAAAGCUGAAGCAAAAUAAACAUACUGAUGAAGCUCC